CAAGGGCCGACGGACAGCCGACCUUCGGGAUGGGUGGUCACCCGCGGUAAGAUGGGAAUUUUUCAGGGUCUAGACUUGACUCGAGGAUGGUGGGAAACAAUGUUAGUUAGACCUACAUCAGAUCAGACAAACCCAAAUUUGGUUUUAUACCAACUUUUGUUAGCUCAUCCAACCACCCACUUCUGAGCUACUUGGUAAUCAGCUCUUUUACUGGAACACUUCAGGAUUCAUCGAAACUCCACACAAUAUUACAUCUACCCAAUUCACCGAACCCCUCCAAUUAGAAAAAGAAAAAAAAAACCAAAACCAAAAAAACCAUCUGCACUGCAUUUGCGUCAUGGGGAGGGCCGACGAUCGGACCUCACCGGCUGCGAGCUCGAGUUCGAGCUCGGGUAACAGCGGUACUAAACGAAGCCGCAAGCAUCGAGACGACGAGCCCGCCGCCGGUGCAACAGAGCACACAAAAAAGAAACACAAGAAGCGCAAGUCAGACCACGGCGUCAAUGGCGUCAUCAAAUCCUCGCAGAGGAGGUUGAGCCUGAGCAACGCCGCCCGCGACCCUCGCGACGAGCCCCCACCGAAGCCCAAAAAGAAGCCCGAGGCCCCGACGAGGUCACCAAGUCCCCUCAUAGACUUUGACGGCUUGAGCAGGCCAAGCGUCGGAACCCGCGCAAGACUGGAGGAGACCCCGGAGCAGGCGGCGGAGCGGCUGGAACGCAUGCGCGGCGCCGUCAGGACUCUGCUGGAAUGUGUCGGUGAGGAUCCAGAUCGGCAGGGCUUGCUGGCCACGCCCGACAGGUACGCCAAGGCUCUGCUCUUCCUCACCAAGGGCUACCAAGAGAACAUAAAAGACAUUGUGAACAACGCCAUAUUCCACGAGGGGCACAACGAGAUGGUCAUUGUCAAGGACAUUGAGAUUUUCAGCAUGUGCGAGCAUCAUCUGGUGCCGUUCACCGGCAAGAUGCACAUAGGUUAUAUUCCUGCCAACUCUGUUAUUGGACUUUCAAAGCUGCCCCGCAUCGCGGAGCUCUUCGCCCGCCGCCUGCAGAUUCAAGAGCGUCUGACCAAGGAGGUGGCGAAUGCAAUCUUUGAGGUGCUCAAGCCUCAGGGUGUUGCAGUGGUGAUGGAGUCCAGCCAUUUGUGCAUGGUGACGCGCGGUGUGCAAAAGACCACGGCUACAACCAUCACCAGCUGCGUCCUGGGCUGCUUCGAAGGCCGGGAGAGGACUCGUAAUGAGUUCCUGAGCCUGAUUGGUGUCAACAGGCACUGAUAUCAGUUUGGACAACGGCAGUGACGCCUAGCGAUGCAUGCCAAAAGGCUCAUAACAGGGCCUGCGGGGGCAAGAGAACGCUGUGUGCUCUGUCUCGUCCUGUUGUUUUACGGCGUUCAUGGUUGGGUAUUUCGGAUCUUUGGGUUUUAGGUGGGAACUGGAUUUCAACAUCGUACAAACCGGGCAGAGGGACCCCCGGUGGUUUGCAAUUUUCGCACUCGGAGUUUGCUAUGAGAGUUAGUCUAGAGUCUAGACGUCGGGCUCAACGCCCAACACUUAUGAAUAUUUAGCGUGGAUCAGAACACAGUGGGGUUUAUACACAUUGAUGGUUAUUUUCUGGGUAUCAGGAUGAGUGUGCAGAAGCGAGGACAAGAGGGCUCAAGCAUGAAGCAAGAAUGCAAGGACAAAUCAUGACACCCUCCGCACAACCUUGCCAACCUCACCCCUGCCA